AUGGACGGUAGCAGCCUCAAAUCCGCGCAGCUCCUGGAGCUGAUGCGCCAGCACCUGGCCACCGACGCCGGCAAGGAGCUCACCAAGAAGGUCGGCCUCGUCUACCAGCUCAACGUCGCCCCCAAGAAGAUCGGCGUUGAUGAGGAGAUCUUCGUGGUCGACCUCAAGAAGGGCGAGGUCACCAAAGGACCGUACCAGGGAAAGCCGGAUGCUACUUUCUCCUUCACGGAUAACGAUUUCCUUGGAAUCGCAACCGGCAAGACGAACCCGCAGAUUGCUUUCAUCCGAGGGGCGAUUAAAAUCAAGGGGAGCAUAAGCGCGGCGCAGAAGUUCACCCCUGACAUCUUCCCCAAGCCCGCUAAGCUGUAG